UAAACUCCUCUGCCGGAUGAAGCCUUUAAAAUAUUUCUCAUCUGUUUGCCGUAGCUUUGGCGCCGAGGUUUGUUUUUUUUUUUUUUGUUUGUUUGUUUCCCCCUCCCCUCUUUUUUUUUUUUUACUCUUCUUCUUGUCGCUCUUUUGGUUCCGGUACCGACUUUGAUUUUUGUUCCCUCGGCUCCGCUCGUCUCUUCGCCCUCCCCGAUGAACCGCUCUCCUCGCUCCGCGCUUUGCAUGAGAAAGCCCAGAGGAAAGGCGCCGUGAAGUGUUAAAAAUAACAAAACAAAACAACAACAAAUCUCCUCGCGACAACCCCAGCGCACACUUCCAGCUGCAGUUCGCGGGCGGCGAGAGGGGAGGGAGAGAGGAAAAAAAAAAUAGAAAAGAGAGAGAGAGAGAAAAAAAAAAGAGAGAGAGAGAGAAGCAAAGCCCUUUAUGCGAAAGGCGAACAGCGAGAGCCCCUCGCUCUGAUGCAUCAGCGGAGACUCUGCGAAGGAUAACGCGGAGCGGGAGCGAGCGCAGCCCGCGCGGGGCCGUGGCGACCGGCGGAGGAGCGGAGCUCGCCAAAAAGCCAAACUGGCUCACCCGGCGGCGACCCAGAGCAGCCCGCUGGCUCCCGGCGCGCACCCCUUCUGGAGGGCUGUCAGCAGCAAGAGGAUGGCAUCGGAACUGGCGAUGAGCGGCUCCGACCUGCCCACCAGUCCCCUGGCCAUGGAAUAUGUUAAUGACUUCGAUCUGAUGAAGUUUGAAGUGAAAAAGGAGCCGGUGGAGACCGACCGCAUCAUCAGCCAGUGCGGCCGCCUGAUCGCCGGGGGCUCGCUCUCCUCCACGCCGAUGAGCACGCCCUGCAGCUCCGUGCCCCCGUCCCCCAGCUUCUCGGCGCCCAGCCCCGGCUCCGGUUCCGACCAGAAGGCGCACCUGGAAGACUACUACUGGAUGACGGGCUACCCGCAGCAGCUCAACCCGGAGGCGCUGGGCUUCAGCCCCGAGGACGCGGUGGAGGCGCUGAUCAGCAGCAGCCACCCGCCGCUGCCCGCCGCCUUCGAUGGCUAUGCUAGAGGGCAGCAGCUGCCCGGCGCCGCCGCGGGCUCCGCGCCGCCCGACGAGAUGGGCUCGGCGGCCGCCGUGGUGUCGGCGGUGAUCGCGGCGGCGGCGGCGCAGGGCGCGCCCCACUACCACCACCACCACCACCACCCCGCGCACCCGCACGGCCCCGCGCCCGGCUCCGCGCCCCCCAACGCCGGCUCCGCGGGUGGAGGCGGCGGCGGCGGCGGAGGCGGAGGAGGAGGAGGAGGAGGAGGAGGUGGAGGAGGCUCCGCGGGGCUGCACCACCCGCACCACGGCGGCGGCGGGCUGCACUUCGACGAGCGGUUCUCGGACGAGCAGCUGGUGACCAUGUCGGUGCGGGAGCUGAACCGGCAGCUGCGGGGCGUCAGCAAGGAGGAGGUGAUCCGGCUGAAGCAGAAGAGGAGGACCCUCAAAAACAGGGGCUAUGCCCAGUCCUGCCGCUUCAAGAGGGUCCAGCAGCGGCACGUCCUGGAGUCGGAGAAGAACCAGCUGCUGCAGCAAGUGGAGCACCUAAAGCAGGAGAUCUCCAGGCUGGUCCGGGAGAGGGACGCCUACAAGGAAAAGUACGAGAAGCUGGUCAGCAACGGCUUCAGAGAAAACGGAUCCAGCAGCGACAACCCCUCCUCUCCAGAGUUUUUCAUGUACCCGAGAGAAUCAUCUACAACAGUGAUGUGAAAAUCCCCGUUACCUGAGAUCAAAAAGAAAAGUCUCUCGGAAGACCUGGAGUGGUGACACCUGGAUGCAGAGGAGAUCACACUGCUUAAAAAUCUGCACCUUGAGAAAGCCAAAAGUUUCUUCGGCAGCAGGAGGUAAGGCAGGACUGCCGGUGGGUGUAAGGAACAAAGAACAAUGACACACACAUUUGAGAAGAUGAAGACAGCAUUCCUAAGAAUGGAGACUUUGGGGCAAUAUCAUGGUUCUGCGCAGAAAGCUCGAAGAAAUCUUCAGGUGGGACCACACCACGCAGCCAGGCACCUGUUUGAGUUAGCCCAUGGACCUCUGAGGUCUUCACAGCAGAGACUGAGAACUCUUGACUUAGCCUAAAUUUUCUUCUCAUGGACUUCUGAUCUGAUAGGAAUGGCACAAAAAAAAAUCAAUAUACCUGCUUUGCCAUAAUUUUUUCAGCCUGCUGACUUUCCCAGGACUACUUUCUGCUCAAAUUACUGGAACGUAAUUACAUUAGGCUUAAUUUUGGUUGCUUGGCCAGCUUUAAAAACAUAUAUUCAAAUGUGAACCGCAAGGGCAGAGUUUUGGGAGCCUCUUCACCUCUCAUGUCGUGUUAUUUUAAAGGAAGAAACUGUGCCUGUGAACCUCUGCUCUAUGAUGCCUAUUCCAAGUCAGUCUCCCUUCUGGAGAGACUUCCCAGACUCUCAGCAUUUUGACUAGGAGCACAAGCUACCCCUUAUGUUAUGGUUUCAGUUUUUGAACGUGU